AAUUUACUUCAAUCGCCGCGAAGAUUUCACAGCGUUUGGGCGUGUUUUUUUCGUAUCUGCUCAGCAAAUCCACAUAUGCGGGGCUUAAUUAAUUUAUAAAUACAUAUAUAAAUACAACCGACAAACAGGAAGAACGUCGUCACAGUUGUGCAUUCAAUCAGGAAUAUUGAUUGAAAUACUCUCGCGAUAAACUAAACUCCACUUCCAAUUCGCAUCUCUCUCUUUGUACCUGUAUCUGUGUUUGUGUGGGAAACAUUUGUAUUUGUGCGUGAGCAAAUUAUUGUAUAAUCGCCAAAAAAAAUAAUAAAAGCAAAAACGCCAACGCGAGAACAAAAAGCUACAAAUCAGAAAUACUUGCUAAGCUACGAAAUUAAGCAAAAAAAAAAUUGUAUGACUAAAAUUUGUGUUUAAUUGUCUGGAACCUAGUAAUUACUCCUAAGCAACUGCUGAAUUUCUUGAUCAUCAAAUACAAAAAGUUUUAGAGCUUCAGAAAAUUAAAUAAGAUUUAGUAAAACUUCAGUGAAAAAAAAAACUUGUUGACCUACUGAAUUUAAUGAUUACCAGUGAUUAUAACAAACUACCUGCUUCAAAACCAUAAAAAAAAAACAGUUGAGCUUCUGGAAAUCGACAGAGCCUGCAGGUCUACUGAAAAAUCCUCUGCAUAAAUAAGCCCCUUCAGCUCCUGAUUUCAUCGAUACCCACUACACUACAAAAUGCAGGCCAUCAAGUGUGUGGUUGUGGGCGACGGAGCGGUGGGUAAGACCUGCUUGCUGAUCAGCUAUACGACCAACGCCUUUCCCGGCGAAUAUAUACCCACCGUGUUCGACAACUACUCGGCCAAUGUGAUGGUGGAUGCCAAGCCCAUAAAUCUGGGACUCUGGGAUACUGCGGGCCAGGAGGACUACGAUCGUUUGAGGCCCUUGUCCUAUCCCCAGACGGAUGUCUUUCUCAUCUGUUUCUCACUGGUGAACCCGGCCUCCUUUGAGAACGUACGGGCCAAAUGGUUCCCGGAGGUGCGUCAUCACUGCCCCAGUGUUCCCAUAAUCCUCGUGGGAACCAAGUUGGAUCUUCGCGACGACAAGCAGACAAUCGAGAAGCUGAAGGAUAAGAAGCUGACGCCCAUUACCUAUCCCCAAGGAUUGGCGAUGGCUAAGGAGAUAGCCGCGGUCAAAUAUCUGGAGUGUUCGGCUUUAACCCAAAAGGGGUUGAAAACGGUCUUCGAUGAGGCCAUCCGCUCGGUGCUGUGCCCCGUGGUUCGAGGUCCAAAGCGACACAAGUGCGCCCUGCUCUAAAAUGUUGAACCCACCAAAAAAGAAAAACAGAGAGGAAACUCCAAAAACUGGAGAACAAAGCGCAAAAUUCUGUGCAAAAAUUUCAUAUUCAUUCGCUUUGUUGGGUUUACAGUUACAGAUAGUGUGAGUGUGAGGGUGUAUCUGAGUAUGAUUGGGGUGUGAGUGAGGCGGCGCGAGUGUGUGUGAAUGAGUGAGCGUAUUUUUGUUUUUAUUGUCAGCUUUAUGUGGGGGAGCAGCAGCCAGAAAAGGGGUGGGGUGUCUCUGGGGGGCAGAUCACGCAUAAGCAGAUACACACAUAAACAUAUAAGUAUGAUAUUGUGCAUACACGGGAAAAUAAAAUUAUGGAAGAACUUAUUCAACUCAAAAUUAAGUAAAAUCUUAUUUACCUAUGUGUAGUUUUCAAAACGAUUUUUACCUGUAAGCUGUUUAAAAGUUUACAAAAUAUUUACAUGGAUGGGAAAUUUUGUUUGGUAUAAAUAUUUAAAUCGAGUUGAAUAUAAGUAAUACCAUAUUUAAACAAUAGAAUGUAUUAAAAAUUUAAAUAGAUAAAAGCAUUUGCCUAUCGCUUUUGAUCAAAUAACGAAAAUUAAAUUUUCUGCAUUUGGAUUUAAGUGAGUUUGAAGUUUGUACAAACAAAAAAAUAAAUUAAAUAUCGAAAAUAAAUGUAGUCAAAACUAUUAUAAGAUUUUAAUGAACAAACAUUUAAAAUUGUAUGUUAAAAAACAAGUGCUUUGUUACAAAACAAUUUUGUUUCCUGUGUUUGUGCACACGUUUGCGUCUAAUGCAAAAAGAACUUGCUCAGCGAAAUGUAUGACAAAUAAAAUUAAUUGUAUAUAAAUCUAGCCGAUUUAAAGCCUUCAGCGCCCCAAACACAGUCACUAUAACCAGAACCAGAUAGCUCUUAUCUGGACGGGGAGUAAGACCCAGGCAAGGCCCCGCCUAUGGCCAAUAUCUGAACAAUCGAACGGGGAAUCGGGGAAUUUGGCAAGCCGACAAAUAACUUUCAUUUAUAUAGUUUUUAGUGCUACGUGUGAAUGUGAGUCUGAUCAAUGGUCUUCCCACUCAAUGCAUUUGCCUGGACUUGAUUUAAUGUAUACUAAAUGCACAUUUAGCCUCUACUUGAUGUUAAUUUAUAUACUGAUAUUUAUGUUAAACAAAUGCAUAAACUUUGCCAAAAUGUUUUUAUGAAAGAGCAAAAAAUAUUAAAAAAAAAAACUUUAUUUAUAUUAACACAUAAUUUACCAAUAAAGAGUGUAAUAUUAAUCAACCAAAAUAAA